AUGCAAUAUUUACUCUCGGAACUUUACGACGGCGGCAUCUCGCUGUCCAAUUCGACCGCUUGUCUAUCUCCACCGUUAGACGGCAGUGAAGAAAUGCCCCAAGAUAUAUUGGACGCUACUGCCAGCAAUAGCUACGAUAAUGCCCAUAAAUGGUUAUUCACCUACGAUGAUCAAUCGGCAAAAAGAGCAAAAAAUGAUAUGGAUAAAAGCAAGAAACAAGCUAUGGCAGCCAAACUCAAUCGAGAGAAGAAGAAAAAGUAUAUCUCUGAGUUAGAAUGUCGCGUCAAAACACUCCGCGAAAGUGAUAAGUUACAACGAGAGAAAUUACAAUUUGCCAAGGAACGAAUCGAUAGUUUAGAAAAUGAAGUUAGCUAUCUGAAAAGUGUCUUGGCCCAUGAUAGUCAACUUUCCAAGUUGUUAAGAAAUAUUCCCAAUACACCCGAUGUGCAAUUGGAUUCUUCUUUACUCCAUCAUCACGCGCAUACGAUUGGCAAUCAAUCCAAGAGAAAAUACAAUCAGGACCAACCAUUGCCUCCAGUUAGCUUGAUUGAUGGUGAUCUAAAUAGCGACGACGAUAACAUGGCGCCUCCUGUUUGCUGUAAAAAAUUGCGUUCUAACGUUCAAUCUGCUGCUGGAAUAUGCUUACAUGUGUCUGAACAAAAAGUGACGAUUGAGCUAUGCUCCGAAUGUAGCCGUAAAGCAUCUAGUCUGAACCACUAG